GGACCGCGAAGCAGACAGACACAAUGGCGGCGGGGCCUGGAGUAGUGAUGCAGCGCAGUCCUGCAACGGAGCUUUCUCACCCGGCUGCGCCGGCGGCGGGGCAACCUCUCGGGGAACGGCUGAAGACCGAAGAGGUCACCGAAUCUGAGAAGCAGAAUCGCAUGACUGCCUUGCUGGAGAGGCUUCACGCCAAACACAACGCGUCGCGGCCAUGGCAGGAGACCAGCAAGGUUGUGCGGCAAGCCAUGGAGAAACGUGGGAUGAUGAAUACUGGUGGUCACCAGCUGCUCCUCACCUGUUUGGAGACCCUGCAAAAGGCGCUCAAGGUCUCAUCUUUGCCCUCCAUGACUGAUCGUCUGGAGUCCAUAGCGAGACAAAACAUGCUGGGCUCCCACCUGAGCCCCUCUGGAACGGAGUGCUACAUCACGUCGGAUAUGUUUUACGUCGAGGUGCAACUGGAUGGCGCUGGUCAGCUUGUGGAUGUCAAAGUGGCUCAUCAGUGUGAAAAUCCCACUAGCUGCCCUGAGUUGAUUCAACAUCUGAGGGAAAAGAACUUUGAGGAGUUUUCCAAACAUCUUAAGGGGCUAGUUGAUCUUUACAAGCUCCCUGGAGACAAUAAACUGAAAACAAAGAUGUAUAUUGCCUUGCAGUCCCUGGAGCUGGAUCUCACCAAGAUGAUGCACAUGUUUCGGCUAGCGACCAAUGCCAAUGCCGUCGAGACGAUUCUACACGGCAACGUGGGCCUUCUGACAGCUAGGAGUGGCGGUCAUCUUGUCACUCUUCAGUGCUACGUUUCGCCAUAUGACAUUUUCGAGCAGGGAAUGGGCGUGCACAUAAACAUGGCGGAUGCCAACGUCCCAAGCACGUUGGGCAUUGGUGUUUCCGUCACCAUCGAGGGAACAGCCAAUACCUACAAGCUCCCCAUUGCGCCGCUCAUUACUGGAUCCCACGCAGUGGACAACAAGGGAACACCUUCCUUUUCCACGGUGACCAACUCCAACUGCGUGGACUUGCCGGCUUGUUUUUUCCUUAAGAUGAAUCGGCCAAUGCCGUUCUCUCUGUCCUUUAUUCUCAGAUUGGGAAAUGCUACAGCUAUCCCUGUGUUUGAAAACCCCCCCAACCUGUCUGCUCUCUACCAGCUUAUUGUCCAGAGUGAGCUUCAGAGCCCAGAGGAAGGGGGCACAACGCUGCCGCCCUCCCAUAGUAUGCACUUCUACUCUGUUCUACCAGACCAGCAGCACUGCUACUUCCUGAACGGCGACGCCCCGGUGCAGGACGGCCAUUCCCUGCAAGGUGCUCUGGUGAGCAAGAUCCCCUUCCGCCAUCCGGCUCAGGUGCCCCUCCUGCUGGACAUCAUUCGGCACCAGGCGGCCUACAACACAUUGAUAGGCAGCUGUGUGAAGCGAACGUUCAUUAAAGAAGACAAUAUUGGCUUGCUGCAAUUUGAGGUCUGCCCUCUCACCGACUCGAGCUUCAGUGUCUCGUUCCAGCAUCCUGUUAAUGAAUCCUUGGUCUGUGUGGUAAUGGACGUGAUUGACUCCAGACAGGUGUCCUGCAAACUAUAUAAGGGGCUUUCCGACGCAUUGAUCUGUAAUGACGACUUCAUCACUAAAGUGGUCCAGAGGUGUAUGUCCAUUCCUGUGACAAUGCGGGCCAUCCGGAGGAAAGCAGAGACAAUCCAGGCAGACACUCCGGCCCUGUCUUUGAUUGCACAGACUGUAGAGACCAUGGUAAAAAAUAACCCACCGCCAUCCGGCAGUCCCUCUUACAACAUUGCAGGCGGAGAUAUGGCAAACACAAUGGGCCUGUUGGGACUUACCGGGGGCAGCACACCCACCGGCGGAGGACCACCAGGUGGGCCUAAUUUUGCCGGGCCUAUCACGUCUCUGUUUGGGAUGUCUCGCAAUGAAAGACAGGGAUCCGAGUGCCAAGCCCAAGGUGGGCAACAACAGCAGGUGCAACAACAACAGCAGCAACAACAACAGCAGGGUCAAGGCCAUACGGAUGACUAUAGUAAAGUGACACAGAACCCAAUCCUGACCAGUCUUUUGCAGAUAACAGGAAGCGUAGGUUCCAGCCCUAGCUCCCAGAAUGCACCUCCGCCUCACCAGACUCCGCCGCCAACAUCGUCACCUGCUAGCAACACCAAGAAUCAUCCAAUGCUCAUGAAUUUAUUGAAAGACAACCCUUCGCAGGAGUUUGCCGCCCUCUAUGGUUCAAGCCCACUUGAGAGGCAGAAUUCUUCAUCCGGGUCACCUCGUACGGACAGUAUGGGAAGCUCCUGCCCAGGAGGAGUUGCAAAAGGCAAGAAGAAGCGACCACGAGUGCCAGAAAAGGGGGGGGUGCUGCCUGGGACUCCUGGUGCGGGUGCAGCGGCUGGCGGUGGCUUAGGCAUGAAAACUCAACAGCCAUGUUCCAUGCCACACCACCAGCACCACGCGGUUACGCAUGAGGACGAUUUCCACCGCGAGCUCCUCUCCAUGGACGUCGAUGCAUCUCAGAACUCAAUUUUUGACGUUAACUUGGCGGGAGAUGGGUUGGACACGCCCCACAGCAUAACUCCUGCCCCAAGCCAAUGUGGAACCCCACCCUCUGGUCCCAGCAUGCCUUAUCCGCCGUCUCACAUUCAGGCUCAGCCACCGACAGGCGCCGUACCACCCCGCAUGGUGCGCCUCUCCAGCUCUGACAGCAUCGGACCUGAUAUCACGGAAAUUCUAUCAGAUUUGCCUGAACAAACCGGUAAAAACGGCAGUGGAAGCCAGUGCGCAAUGGGUGGGAGCGGGGAAGACGCGGGCCCACUGGGGACGCCUAUUCGCGACUCCUCAAGUUCAGGACAGGGCAGCGCCGUGUUUGACUCAGCAGACAUAUUCAACACCAACAGCAAUGAGAACCCGUUUACAGAUGCUGCAGACUUGAUUGCUGAGGCCGCGGCCACACCAACCAGCGAUUCUUCCUCCACUAACUUCUUCCCCGACGCCGCUGACUUCAACCCUGAACUUUUAAACUCUGGUCACGGUCUCUCCCAGAACUGCUUUGAAGACAGUUCCCCGAGCGCUGAUGGAGACAUGGAUCUGGGCAAGGGUUUUGGCGGCAGCAGUCAGCAGAAUACGCCAUCAGGUACGCCUCAGAAUCCCACACCUCACGGACAAAACACCCCGGAACCCUCACUAAAAGACCCUUUUGACAUGGGAAUGUUUUUUGGAGGCAACAGCGGCACUGGCAAACCGCUUCUUGGGCAAGCUCCGGAUUUGGGAGAUACUCAUUUCGGGGGCUCCCAGAGUCCGCUCAUGAUGGCCAUGGGGUCGGUCGAUUUCAAAAGUACAGAGUCCAAAGCCAAACAACAGAGCCUCAUGCGCCAAAAGGAUGAAAAUGGCGGCAGUGGAAGUAGCGGAUCUGGAAUGGGAAGCAUUUCCGCAGAUGGUAAACAGGUGAAACGGAGCAGGACUCCAUCCAGUGAGGGGAAGUCCAAAGAUAAGCCGCCUAAACGGAAGAAAUUAGACCCAGACGGGAAGUCGCCCUCUCACAGCUCAGGCGGACGACCGUACACGCCUCCCAGCGGCGGCUCUGGCUCCGGGGGGAGUUUGAGCGGUGGAGGCUCCAAAUCCCCUGGAAGUACAGGCUGCUCCCAGACGCCACCCGGCGGGGCCACUCCUCCCAUUCCCAAGAUUACAAUUCAAAUACCUAAAGGCACAAUAACCGGCGGGAAGACCUCUUCCCAUAGCGGGUACACCUCUAGCAGCUCGGCCUCAAGCAGCACCGGCGGAACGGGGGGAACCAGCAGCAGCAAAAGCCACCAUUCCCAUUCCGUUUCUGGAAAGAUCAAGUCCAAGGAAGGCUCCAUGGCACAAGGCAGCAGCUCUAAGUCUGCAGGUGGUGCAGGGAUCAGUGGUGGUCCAUCCCAGUCAAAGGGUUCUUCACAAGGAAUGAGUUCCGGAAAACAGGGUUCAUCCCCAAUCACUAAGCAUGGACUUUCUGGUGCAGGAAGCAGCGGAGGUGGGGCUAGUAACAAGAUAAAAACUCAGGGCGGUAAGCCUCCUGGCUCCUUGAUGAAUCCCAGCAUUAAGCCAAACAUCUCCCCUUCCCACUCCCGCUCAAACAACUCUGGUGAAAAACUGUCUUCCCCUAUGAAAAUCCAGCAGUCCCAGGUGCCGGGAACACCGCCUUCCUCGAAAGCCAAAUCCCCAAUGGGCUCAGGAAGUGGCAGCUCCGGAGGGUCCAAGUCUUCCUCCAGUGGAGGUAUGAGCUCCCAAAAGCCAAUGGGAGGGACCUCUUCGGCUUCCACAUCCUCGUCCUCUAACUCCUCGUCUUCAUCUGGUUCCAUGGGCUUCUCCGGAAGCUCUCAGUCUCAAUAUAGUGGAGGAGGUGGCGGAGGUGGGGGCAGUGGAAGUGGCAGUGGUGGGAGCAGCGGUGGUGGGGGUGGCAGCGGUGGUGGGGCAUGUCAGAACAAUUCUAACAACCCAAAUGCCAAAGGAAAGAGUCCAAGUCGAAACAAGAAACCCUCUCUCACAGCGGUCAUUGACAAACUAAAAAGUGUGGGCGGUGUGGGGGAGGAUGGUUGUGAAGUCGGGCCGCCUGGGGGCCCAAGCGGAUCCGGGCCCCCGCCUGGCAGUGUCCCCAGCACCGUCCCUCCUUCAAACAUGGGUCCCGUCAAGCAUGCAACAUCCUCCCAAAGCGGGGAAUAUAAGCGGGAGAGGUCCGAUAAAGAAGGGAAGGCAAAAGUGUCUGUUUCAGGUGGGAACAGCGGUGAUAAAAAGCUAAUGGACCCUAAAAUGGGAGGCGUUAGCGGGACCGGCCUAGCCAAGAUCAUCAUCAGCAAACCCGACGGAGGCUCGCCCAGCAUUAAGGCCAAAGUCACCCUGCAGAAAGGCGGCGAAGGCCCCGGCGACUCCAUGCGGCCGCAGAUCAGCAGCCUGAAAGCCUCGCCCCUGUUCAGUGGCUCCACUCCCAAACACGACCGCUCUUCCCCGAGCCACAGCCGGUCACCAGGCCACACACCACUCAACCACGACAGCGAGAGUGAAUCGGGCAGCAGCUCUGUGGCCGAAAAGUCCCACCAGAACAGCCCCAGCUCCGAUGACGACCAGACACCGCGACAGCUCCCAGCGCAACAGGACUACAUGUGUGCCGUCCCGCUCGGCUCCGGUGAGAAACACAAGAAGCACAAAAAGGAGAAGAAGAAGAGGGAGCGCGAAAGGGAGCGCGACAAAGAGAAAAAGAAGUCUUCCAUGUCCUCCGGGCCGUCAUCGCAUCCCAUGAAGGCGGACAGCUGGUCUCGAUCUCCAAUCUCAGCCUCGGAUUCCUCUUUGUCGAUGCUGUCCUCUGAGCGGCCCUCGCGAUCCAGUCCCAUGUACAUAAGGAAUGAAGAUGACGAUCUCAUGGACUCAGCGCUCACUGGCAACCUUUAAUGUCACUGUUUGAUCUUAUCCAUUUGAACCGAGAGGACUGGUCAUGUUUCAGUGCCAUUGACGGCAAUAGACGAAUGAUUGCUGUCAGACCUCCUAGUCCAAAUGGAUUGGACGUCUAUCGACAUUAAUAGCAACAAAUGAGUUAAUGAAAUGAACGCACAUAAGUCUCUAUGGAAGGAUGCAAGGGCCACCUUGAUAUUCUUUCAUUGUCGGUAAAGGUGUAUAGAGCAAUUAUAUAUACUGUAUAUAUUUUACAAAGCAGAUACGUAAUGAAGCUAAAACAAAAAAAUAAAUCUUCUAGCUGACUUGCAUGUCGAGCAAAAAGCGAAGCUAACAUUUGCUAUUUCAAGGCCAAUCUUACAGCCAAAACAAGGAAGUGAAAGAUUUUUGAACAACUUACCGUACUCUUUGACAAACUAUGUUACUAUUGUUUUUUCUCCUUUCUACUGAAAAUUUAUAUGGGGGAAAAAUCUGCAUUCAAAUCCACCACAGUCUGUAUUUGUGGCGCAUGUAUCUGCAAAUAGCUGAGAACAGCUCCUGCUGAAUGAGUCACUUGCAACUUUUUAGUGUUAUUUAGCAUACAUAUAUUUUUGUAAACUUUUAAUUAACCUCAUUUAACUGCUAUUUAUUCACAUUUGAACAUGGUGACUUUGAAUAUGCCGUUUCGUUUUUUGGAAUGGUGGGGCAGACUUUGAGUAUUCACUACACCAUCACUCAAAUACCAUUUUAACUUUUAAUUCUAACCAGGAUGUGUAUAUCUAUUAUCUAACAAAAAAUGUUAAAAGAGUGACUGGUGCGAUUAGGAUGUUUAUUUUUUUUAUAAACACCAACAACAACAAAAACUUGUUUAUGUGGGGUGAUGCUGUUUUGUUAAGCAAUUGGUUCUACAGGUAAUUCCUUCUCCCUGGAUUGCUAAUUAAAGAAGUGUAGGUUUUCAUAAGCGUGGAUGUUGGUUCUCGCCAUUUUUGUAUGUGUUCAAUAAAAAAAAACUGAAUUUGUAAGAACGUAUUAACAAUCUAUUGUCGUGUUUAUUUCAAGGGCGUAGGUUUGGUCUCAACAUUGGUAGGAAUGAUAUUACAGCAUAACCUCCAUGUACAAUUUUUCCUUGGGAUGGGACAUUAAUACCAUAUUGGCCCGAGUAUAAGACGGCCGUUAUUAUAAGACGACCCCCUCUUUUUCAAGACUCAAGGUUUAAAAAAGAAUUUUUGAACACCAAAUUAUUUUUUAUACAGAAAAGAAUUGCAGUACAUCCGAAACAAAUGAUUAUAACAAUUAGAGGCGUGCGAAAUUUCCGAUUCAUAGAUGAUUUGCGAUUCGGCCGUGGAAGAUUCGAGAACGAUUCAUAAACAUCCAAAUUCCGAUCAUUGAAUUAUACCAGUUAAAGCGGAAAUAAAACAGUCCGCGCGGUCUUUGGGACGCUGCGGUCUUCGGAACGCAAUGAGAAACGGACCGAGAGUAAAUAUCUUGUUCAACUCAUGCCACUAGAUAAAAAACAAAACAAAAACAAAAAAACAAUCAUACCUGGCUGCGGCCGACAGCCGCUACAAACAGAGACCGGUUGCUAGUUGCUACAAACAUACGGCAACAUAUGGCUAUGGUAGAUAUCACAUAUUGUAGAACUAGAUGUGAAAUGACAGUAACAACAGUGUUGGAACAUAUA